AUGCCCGAAACUGUUGAAGAGCGCUUUGCUAAGCUGUCGCUCGGAACUGACGGCAAAAGAAAUGAAGAUUUGACUCCCAUUAUCCUAGCCACCGUGUACCCAAAACCAGGUAUGACUGAAAGGAUUAUUGAGCUCUAUCAACCAAUCAUCAAAGAUGGCGCAGAUAAGGAGCCGGGAACUAUUCAGUUCCAACUAUUCGUUGAUGUGAAUCCAGAAACUGGUAGUGAAGAGAUAUUUACGAUUGAAAAGUUCAAGAAUAUCGAAGCAUUACGGCUACAUCAGCAAGGAGGGAGUUUAAAGGAGUUUAACAGACUUACAGCUGCUGAAAAUCUCCAUCCUAAGCCGGUUUUGGUACAUGUUGUGAAACCAGUAAGCGGAUUCGCUAUCUAA